CCAAAUUCCGUGCAGAGUGUUUGCAGACCCUCCGGGACGGAGAGGUGGAGGAGGAAUCGGCAAGCUCCGCCGUCCAUAUACGCUACAAUCACCACGCCAUUAGUUCAUGACUUCAUCAUAUCUUUGACAGGAGAGUUUGGGCCGUAUUUGUAAGCUCUCCAGGACUCUGAGGCUGCUGCAGAGAAUGGGAAUAGGGACACAGGCCAAGGCUUGCCAUUUUGGCUGAAGUAACAGCAGGACAGUUGUCAGCCUCGCAUCGGCUUCAAUCCCCUUCUCCCUCACCUCUCCUCCCACACGUGCACGCAUACUCACACAAGGACAGACAACUCCCCGUAGCCAGCUAUGUCCACCGCGGUAGACAUCGCUGGCCCUUCCUCCCCAGAUCAGGCCCACAGCAGUGCUAAAAUCCCCAAUGAGCCACUGAGACCAAGCCUUAAGCGCUCUAACCAUCCCUACAGCCUCUCCCAUUACAUCUCCACCCCUUCCCCGGCCGUGGAUGUCAAAAGCCUGAUGCAGCCCUCCUCAUCUCAGCAGCGGGCCACCCAGCCCGGGCACACUAAGCCUCGCCGGGCCCCCUCCUGGCCCGACAUGUGGGAGUCACCCAGCGGGCUCCACCUGGCCCAUGCUGCAGAGCUGCUGAUGCGCGCUGGGCUGCUGGCUCUCACCCCUGCCACCACAGAGCAAGCCAGCCUGGGUGCACAGAGCAGCCAGCCAGCUAAAAGGGAGGCUGCAGAGGCAAAGAGCGGAAAGGGAGAUGGAGAGGGAGGUGGGUCUGGGCCUGAGGAGGAGGAAGAGGACUCCUCUGCAUGCAGCACUGACUUCCAGCCCUUCCUGGGUGCCUGGUUCCCCUUCAGCCCAGCUCUUUUCCCCCUGGCAGGCUUCCAGAUGGGGGGAGGUCACUGGAGAAGCACGGCCAUGGGAGCUGAGGGCAUAGAGGGGCUGGUGGCCGAAGGAUACUCUCCCAGCUCCCUGGGUGGGAGCAGCGGAGGGAGAAGGAAGAGGAAGAGGUGCGGGGAAUGCGUACCCUGCCGGCGUCAGACGAACUGCGAACAGUGCAGCAGCUGCCGCAAUCGUAAGAGGGGACACCAGAUCUGUAAAUACAGGAAGUGUGAGGAGCUGAAGAGGAAGCCCGGGGGGCCGGGAUUUGAGAGCAGAGUGUCUGGGUUUGAUCUUAGGGGGUCUGAUUUUACUUUGGGUCUGGCACAGGAGAGAAGCAACGGAGCUUUGGAUGGAUAGUAAUACUUGUGGUGGCAGCAUUUGUCAGAGGUUCCCAGUUGGAUGAUUGUUGAGGAGCUGCAGUUUAACAAAAAAACAAAACAAAACAAAAACACACACACAGGACACCAUGUUAACAUGCUCGGACUGUGGUUCAGAGACAUUAAGAUGUUGUAGUGAGGAGCUGCAGCUCCCAUUUAAGAAUGUCCACACAUGUUCCCAUCCAUUUUGACAAUCAGUGAAUUGGAGAGGAGAGAGAGAAGGAUACCAAUGUUUGUCAAUAUUCAGAUGAUGACAAAAAUUCUGUAAAUAGACUGUAAAUAUCUGGAAAACAUUAUGUCUUCUUUUUUUCUUUUUUUCUUUUUUUUUACAUUGCUUUCCAGUUUGGAUGUAUUGUGCUUCAAACAUAAAGAGGAGCCAAAUGUUUUGUUUCUGAUGAGGGGAGUUUUGUUUCUGUUGUUCUGACGUCACUGCAUCAGUAAGAAAUGAAUGAGUUUGGCCUCGGCUAAAUUAUUUCGUGUGCAACUUGUACUGUAUAGCGCUGUUUGCCCUUUUGAAAUAAAAGAAA